GCGCCGAGUGAUGACCCGGAUCCCGGAAGUGCCCCUUCCCCAGUCUUGGCGCUGAACGCGGGACACAAGGUCCGAACCACGUGCUGCUCUGUGGGUUCCUGGACCCCCGAGGUGGGACAUUCGGGAGCCUCAGCUCCGUGGCCGACAGAGAGACUCAUCUCCGAGAGCUGGACGAGAGGGUUUCUAGCCCCCCCGCACCCAGGACCCCAAGGGCUGCUGCUGCCGCGGAAAACAGGUUUGCCUGGUGCGGUGUGACGUCAUUUGGCUGCGCCGAGUGAGGACCCAGAUCCCGGAAGUGCCCCUUCCACAGUCUUGGCGCUGAACGCGGGACACAAGGUCUGAACAACGUUCUGCUCUGUGGGUUCCUGGACCCCCGAGGUGGGACAUUCGGGAGCCUCAGCUCCGUGGCCGACAGAGAGACUCACCUCCGAGAGCUGGACGAGAGGAUUUCUAGCCAUCCCCCCUCACCCAGGACCCCAAGGGCUGCUGCUGCCGCGGAAAACAGGUUUGGCACAGCUUUCUUUCUAACACUUCUCACAGCAUCAGCAAUGUCAAAUUGGAAUAAGGGAAAACACAUCUGAUUUGCAGACCUCACAUCCCACUAAGACCAGAUGAUUGAUAUUGUCCAGCAUCACUGCUUUGAACAGUUGUCUCUGGAAUGUGUCUAGCAAUGCCCACUCUUCCUGGGUGAAGUCUACAGCUACACCCUUGAAGGACAUUAACUCCUGUGGUUGCAUUGUCAAUAGCUUAGCUGACAACUGUCUUCCAUUGGAUUUUCACUCACAACUGAACAGGCAGUAGGGUGUCUGCUGUUAAAGUGAAGGCAUUGAUUGGAAAAGAAUGGGAUCCUGAAAAUUGGGAUGGGGACAUAUGGAUUGAUAAUAAUGGCAGCAAGGAACACUGGAAACUUGGAUUCUGCUGAGUUUUUGAUGGAUAUACCUGUAGUGGCCUGUCCUGAGGAAACAGCACCUGCCACCUCCACUCUGCCCUGAGGAGCCUGCCAUCUAACCUCCACCUAAAGAGAUUACCCCUCAGUGCCUGCUAAACCUGUAAUCACCUCCCCUGAGGAAGCAGCCCUCACUCCUUUGUCUGGAGAGAUUAAUCCUGUCUCAUGAGAUGAAACUGCAACAGAAAGUCCUGAGGUAAAUGGAUUGAAGGAUACUUCUAAUACUUCUAAUGACCUGACCCCUCCACCAAUGUUUGCUUCAAGACUGAUAACAAGACUAAAGUCCCAAAAGGCUCUGAAGGCACUGAAUGUUUAUUGCUGACUGAGAGUGGAAACCAGAGGAAGACGGUUGGUGGCAGAACUAUUGACAAUGCAAACACUGGAAUCAGUGACCUUCAAUGAUGUAGCUAUAGACUUUGAUGCAGAAGAGUGGGCCUUGAUGGAUAAAACCCAGAGAAACCUGUUCAGACAUGUUAUGCUAGAGGUUAUCAGUCAUCUGGUGUCAGUGGGGUAUCAGCUCUGCAAAUCAGAAGUGGUUUCCCAGUUGGAACAAGGAGAGGAACUGUGGAGGGAAGGAUUAGGAUUUCUCCAAGGACAGAGUACAAGCAGACAAAAAGGCCAUAGAGAAAAAGAAAUGAUAACCAUGCCACAUAUCUGCAAUAAGGGGAAAUGUACCAUCCAGUCAAAGCAGCAUAUUUCUACUAUUGGAGAAGAUCCCUUUGAGAGUAAUCAUUUGGGAGAAGAUUUAAUUCACUCCACAUUGACUGACAUGGAAACAAAGCCCUAUGUAAAUGAACAUUCUCAAAAAGCUAUCAAUUAUCAGUCAUUCUUUACUGGACAUAAGCAAAUUCAGUCUGGACAUAAUUCACAUUAUCAUCCAUGUGUAAAAGCCUUGAAAAAUAUUUCUGUCCUUAGACAGUAUGAGAGAACUUGCACUGGAGAGAAAUCACAUGUCUGCCAUCUAUGUGGGAAAUCCUUCAGUCAAUGUUGUAACCUUAAGGAACAUGAGAGAACUCACACUAGGGAGAAAGCAUGUAUCUGCCAUCAUUGUGGGAAAAUCUUCCGUUAUAGUUCAAAGCUCAGAGAUCAUGUGAGAACUCACACUGGGGAGAAACCAUAUGUCUGCAAAGUAUGUGGGAAAUCUUUCAGUCAACAUGGUAACCUUAGGCAACAUGAGAGAACUCACACUGGGGAGAAACCAUACAUCUGCCAGCUAUGUGGGAAAUCCUUCAUUCUAAGUGAAAAGUUUAGGCAACAUGAGAGAACUCACACUGGGGACAAACCAUAUGUCUGCAAAGUAUGUGGGAAAUCCUUCAGUCGGUGUGGUAACCUUAGGAUACAUGAGAGAACUCACACUGGGGAGAAAUCAUAUGUCUGCCAUUUAUGUGGGAAAGCCUUCCAAGUAAUUUCUCAACUUAGGCAACAUGAGAGAACUCACACAAGUGAGAAACCAUAUGUCUGCAAUUUGUGUGGGAAAGCCUUCUGUGUAAGUUCUAAACUUAGGCAGCAUGAGAGAAUUCACACAGGGGAGAAACCGUAUGUCUGCCAUCUAUGUGGGAAAUCCUUCAGUCAGUGUAGCAGCCUGAGGGGACAUGAGAGAACUCACACUGGGGAGAAACCAUAUGUCUGCUAUCAAUGUGGGAAAUCCUUCAGUUAUUGUAGUAGCCUGAGGGGACAUGAGAGAACUCACACUGGGGAGAAACCAUACAUCUGCCAGCUAUGUGGGAAAUCCUUCAAUCAAAGUGGUAACCUUAGGCAACAUGGGAGAACUCACAAUGUGGAGAAACCAUACAUCUGCCAGCUAUGUGGGAAAUCCUUCACUCUAAGUGAAAAGUUUAGGCAACAUGAGAGAACUCACACUGGGGACAAACCAUAUGUCUGUGAAGUAUGUGGGAAAUCCUUCAGUCGAUGUGGUAGCCUUAGGAUACAUGAGAGAACUCACACUGGGGAGAAACCAUAUGUCUGCAAUUUGUGUGGAAAAGCCUUCCAUAUAAGUUCUAAACUUAGGCAACAUGAGAGAACUCACACAGGUGAGAAACCAUAUGUUUGCGGUUUGUGUGGGAAAGCCUUCCGUGUAAGUUCUAAACUUAGGCAACAUAAGAGAACUCACACAGGGGAGAAACCAUAUGUCUGCCAUCUAUGUGGGAAAUCCUUCACUCAGUGGAGUAGCCUGAGGGGACAUGAGAGAACUCACACUGGGGAGAAACCAUAUGUCUGCGAUCAAUGUGGGAAAUCCUUCCGUCAUUGUAGUAGCCUGAGGGGACAUGAGAGAACUCACACUGAAGAGGAACCAUAUGUCUGCCAUUUGUGUGGGAAAUCCUUCCAUCAAAGUUGUAAACUUAGGCAACAUGAGAGAACUCACACUGAAUAGAAACUAUGUAUGCCAUCUGUGUGGGAAAGAUUUCCCUAAUAAUUCUAACUUCAUACAACAUAUGAGAACUCACAAUGGGUAGAAACCGUACAUCUGCCAUCUGUGUGUGAAAUCCCUAAGUUAAUAUGGUAUCUGUAAGCAACAUGAGAGAACUUACACUGGGGGAAACCAUAUAUUUGCAAUUUAUGAGGAAAUCCUUCAAACAUUGUGGUACCCUUAGGCAACUUAGGAGAACUCACACUAGAAAGAAACCAUAUGUCAGCUUUCUUGCAGGAAAGACUUCACUGAUAGAGUGAUCCUCAGACAACAUGAGAUAAUUGACACUGGAGAGACAUGUCUAUGUACUCUAUGGGAAAACCUUUAUACAUAAUAAUUCUGCCAGUAGGAAUAUCAUGGAACUCAAUAAAUAUGUUGUGAAUAUGGAGGAGUUCUCAGACAUACCUACAAACUUUAAAAAGUAGAAACUCACACAGGAGUGUCAUCAAUGUCUAAAUGCCUUUAUUUACAAUGUAUCCUUAAAUAACAUGAUUGCAGUAUCCUGGGAGGAACAGUAUAAUAGAUAUCAGCUGAGCUCCAGCAUUGAUAUAUGCAGGCAUAGCUCAGAGUUGGAAUAACUCCAAAACCAGAAAAGUUGAUAGGAAAGACAUUAUCAGUAGAAGGAAACUCUUAGAGAACUCGACAUAAUUAUUGGUGGAAUAAUUACUCAAUGAAGAAAUGUGUGAAAUCCUUUUCUUACAGAGCAAUAUGUCAAAUAUAUGUGAAGUUUCCCAUUUUAUAAAAUAUUUUUUGUAUAUGUAUAGAAUGAAGUAAAGUCUUUGGUGGCUUUGAAUUUAUUCCUCAAAGUUUAAUUUCCCAUAAUGAGGAAAUCUCAACACUAAAAUCAAAUAAAAAAGGGUUCAGCUGGAGUUCACAUCAGGAAUAUCAGACUAGGAAAGACGUCAAAAAUAAAUACUUUAUAACGCAAUUCAAUUAUGCAUUCAGAGUUUUGCCUAGUAAACUAUUAAUGAGAAACAAAUUAAGACAUAGGAUUGUGAAGUGACCUGGGAAUGCUGAAUGCAGAAUUUUUUAGUGAGCUGUAGGCAAGGAAAUCAAUGUUUUUUCUCAAAGUUUUACAAAUAAGUAAAAGCUGUAGCUGAAAAUUCUGUAAUUUUUAGCUUCCAUUUUUUCACAAAUCUAAACAUAAAUAUGACUGUUAAACCAGAGAACUUUGAAUGUUAACAGAAGAAUAUACAGACCAAGAUUAUGUCAUAAAUGUUAUAUAAUAUGAACAGGUAUGAAUACAACAAUGGACAGAAUAUAAAUAAAUAGAUAAAUUUGGGUUCA